UGUGUGUUGGGACAUGUGUGUUGGGACAUGGUGCACAGGAGUUGGGGGCUUUCCGGUUGGGUGGGGGAAGGUGCCCGGGAAACAGAGUGUGCCUUUCUUUGUGAGGGUGUGUGUGUGUGUGUGUGCCGCCAGUCUGUGUGCAGUGGGUGUGGGUGUUUGUCUCCCUGUAUCCGCCUUCUCUCUCCUCUUGGACUUUUAGCUUUCCUGGGCUCCCUUUCCUCAUGUCCUGCCUCCUCCCUCUCAAGGCUCAAAGUGGGUGCCCUUGUGGACAAGGGGGGCACACUCCAGGACUUAGUCCAACCCCAGAUGCUGCCUGAGGCUUCCCUCCUGCUCCCCCUCCCUUUCUUUCCUCUCUUUCCUCCCUCCCUCUCUUUCCCUUCCUCCCUCCCCCCCAAGGCUGGCGUGCCAGGGGGUGGGACAUGCCAAUCACUGGCUGUGCCUCUCCGGCUGCCAGCACAGGGCGCAGCUCCCCCCGGGAGCCAGGUGUUUGGGUCCCAGGAGACACUGCAGGCCCCUGGAGAAGCAGUGAAGCUGAGGACCCUACAGACCCCUCUCUGAUCCCAUGGGGAUUCAUCUGAUGUUUUCCUGAGCUUUGGUUGGCAGAAGAGGUAAAGACCUUCUGAGGAAACUCAGCCUAGACUUCAGAAGAGAUUAGAUGGCCGUGCAGUUAGCAGAUCCCCCAGCACCCUAAAGGCAGAAGGGGAGGGCAGGAGGCAGCCCUGGCCACCAGCAUCCAGUUGACGAGUGACCCCAUGUACAUACUUUUGGGGACACCAGUCCCAGAGCCUCCUUCAGGAAACCCUGAAUCCUACCUCCCCUACCCACCUUCAGCCCCCCAAGACGGAUUGAAUGAGGCUGCUGGCCAGAUGGACAAGCUGGAUGCCAAGGUGAUGCCCUUUCUCUGAGGAAAACCUGUGACUGGAGGAAGGGGCUGCGCCUUCAUCCCACCCGGCUGCCAUGAACACCUCAGUGCCCCCUGCUGUCAGUCCCAACAUCACUGUCUUGGCACCAGGAAAGGGUCCCUGGCAGGUGGCCUUCAUCGGGAUCACCACAGGCCUCCUGUCUCUAGCUACAGUGACAGGCAACCUACUGGUACUCAUCUCCUUCAAGGUCAACACCGAGCUCAAGACAGUCAACAACUACUUCCUGCUGAGCCUGGCCUGUGCUGACCUCAUCAUUGGCACCUUCUCCAUGAACCUCUAUACCACGUACCUGCUCAUGGGCCACUGGGCUCUGGGCACACUGGCCUGUGACCUCUGGCUGGCCCUGGACUAUGUGGCCAGCAACGCCUCUGUCAUGAAUCUUCUGCUCAUCAGCUUUGACCGUUACUUCUCGGUGACCCGACCCCUGAGCUACCGAGCCAAGCGCACUCCCCGAAGGGCAGCUCUGAUGAUUGGCCUAGCAUGGCUGGUUUCCUUCGUUCUCUGGGCCCCAGCCAUCCUCUUCUGGCAAUACCUAGUUGGGGAGCGGACAGUGCUGGCUGGGCAGUGCUACAUCCAGUUCCUCUCCCAACCCAUCAUCACUUUUGGCACAGCCAUGGCCGCCUUCUACCUCCCUGUCACGGUCAUGUGUACACUGUACUGGCGCAUCUACCGGGAGACAGAAAACCGAGCCCGGGAGCUGGCCGCCCUGCAGGGCUCUGAGACACCAGGCAAAGGUGGUGGCAGCAGCAGCAGCUCAGAGAGGUCACAGCCAGGGGCUGAAGGCUCACCCGAGUCGCCUCCAGGCCGCUGCUGCCGCUGUUGCCGGGCACCCAGGCUCCUGCAGGCCUACAGCUGGAAGGAAGAAGAAGAGGAGGAUGAAGGCUCCAUGGAGUCCCUCACAUCCUCCGAAGGUGAGGAGCCUGGCUCAGAAGUGGUGAUCAAGAUGCCCAUGGUAGAUUCUGAAGCACAGGCACCCACCAAGCAGCCUCCCAAAAGCUCCCCAAAUACAGUCAAGAGGCCCACCAAGAAAGGCCGAGACCGAGGCGGCAAGGGCCAAAAACCCCGAGGGAAGGAACAGCUGGCCAAGAGAAAGACCUUCUCACUGGUCAAGGAGAAGAAGGCAGCUCGGACCCUGAGUGCCAUCCUGCUGGCCUUCAUCCUCACCUGGACACCAUAUAACAUCAUGGUGCUGGUAUCUACCUUCUGCAAGGACUGUGUUCCUGAAACCCUGUGGGAGCUGGGCUACUGGCUAUGCUACGUCAACAGCACUGUCAACCCCAUGUGCUAUGCACUGUGCAACAAAGCCUUCCGGGACACGUUCCGCCUGCUGCUGCUCUGCCGCUGGGACAAGAGGCGCUGGCGCAAGAUCCCCAAGCGCCCUGGCUCUGUGCACCGCACCCCCUCCCGCCAAUGCUAACGGCCCCCUUCUCCUGCAUCCUUCCACCCCAGCUCCAGGGAGAGGCCGGUGGAAAGUGUCCCGGAAAAACGGGCUGCAUCUUCAGCCCCAGAGCCCUGCUCAGGACUCCCCUGGCUUCCCAGGCCCCUGGGUCACCUUCCUGGACAGCCCAGAGAGACUCUACUAGCUUUCCAAACUUUGCUAUUCCCAGACGGGGAAUGAAACCCGGGGAACUGGUUUUCUGAUCCCCGCUGUGUGGGAAUGGGCCCAGCAGGAGGAUCCGGGCUUUGGACUGUUUGCGUUUAGGCAGGAAGUCAGGAGCCAGCGGGGUGGGCCGGCCGGCCAGUAGUUUAAAGGUGCAGUCUUUCUUGGCCCAGCAGGGGGCCUGGAUUGCAGUGGUCAUAGAACCCACUGCAUCUACAUUUGGGAGAUGACACCAAGCACAGAGAGAAAGGUUUGGAACGGGGAGGGGGGAGGGGGUGGGGUGUUGGAGGGAGGGAGGUUGUGACCCCUGGCUGGAAAUUCCCUCCUUUCCUAGGCAGAGCUCAUCCAGGUAGGCCCUAGGCACACUCUCCAGGAUCGUUCAACCUCCUUACAAAUGACCCCAGGUCAUCCCUAUGUGGAUCAUCUCCAAGACAAAUAUCCAAGCGUGAGCAGGACAAUGACACUAGGGGAGAGCAGCUUGGCUAAACACACCAAGUCCCAAAGCAGCAUCAGGACCAGAUGUCAGGUGUCCUAACCGGCCCAUUCUAUGCCAUUUUCCUGGGGGUGGGGGUGGGGUAAGGUGCCUGCUCCAGUCCCACACCCUUUCUCCUCUCUCCCUGCCCCGAAGUGACCUAGGCCCCUCCCUUCUGGCUCACAGCCAUUACCUGGGUGGAUCUGCUCUGGGCAGAUCUAGCCAGACCUCCUGCAUGCUGCCUGCCUCCUCCAGCCUGGCCCCACACAGGUCUGGCCCAGCCAGCAGAUUCUCUUCUGUAAACUCCUGAAUCCAAUCCAUGCAUGGCCUCCCUGCCACCCUGAUCUCCAGGCCCUGCCUGGCCCCUGUUCUUUCUUUCCAUCCUCAGCAUAUGCUGAGUCUGUGAAUAAAGCCACGUAACUAGUGGGAACUACAA